UGCGGGUCCGGUCAGCGCCCGGUUUGACUUUGGCAUGGUCAUCAACGAUGGGUGGGGCAUGAUUUCACGGCGCGAGAAGCUCAGCUCAUCUCCCGCCGCGACAGCUACCUGGCCCUACCGACGUGUAGAGAGGCUGGAGCGUACAUCGGCUCGUCAGACAUGGGCAUUAUACCUCAGACUUGGUACCAGCUCGACUGUAUGGUCCGCUAUCAUCGUCUCAGGCCUUUUGCUGAACAGCUUUACGGACAGACAAUAAUCACUAUGGCAAUACCUUCAGUCUAAGGCUCAAUCUGGAUAAAAAGUUUCUUGCGCUGGAUACGUACGCAUUUGCAGGUCCUUCGGCAGAUCAUCACGGAUCGGCGGACGUGUAUGUUCACUUCGUAUAGGGGGCCGAAGACUGUCUGACGCGACGCAGCCGACUUGUCUGUAAUGAUCAAGUUAUCAAGCGGGUCGAGAAUCCUCAUCCUACGCAGCGCUAGUGUGGCUUGGCAGCGCUU